CGCCAUUUUUUUUAGAUCCAAUAGUAACUGAAACUGCAAGUAAAGAAUUAGAGUUAAUUAGCAGAAUUUGCAUCAUCUGCUACAUACAAAUCGUUAGGUUUCCGGCCGAUUAGCGACGGAGUAAGAUGGACUCUGCGACACUUCUAUAUAACGAGCUCAAGGCUGCGGAGCCGUUUUUCUUGUUAGCUGGACCGAAUGUGAUUGAAUCUGAAGAACACAUUUUCAAAAUGGCAAAACAUCUUAAGUUUAUCAGUACCAAGCUUGGGUUGCCGUUGGUUUUUAAGUCUAGCUUUGAUAAAGCUAAUAGAACUUCUUCAAAGUCGUUUCGCGGUCCUGGCAUGACUGAAGGCUUGAAGAUUCUUGAGAAGGUUAAGACAGCAUAUGACAUCCCCAUUGUAACUGAUGUGCAUGAAGCUAUUCAGUGUGAAGCGGUUGGUAGAGUUGCAGAUAUCAUACAAAUUCCUGCAUUUUUAUGUCGCCAGACAGAUCUUCUAGUUGCAGCCGCUAGUACUGGGAAAAUUAUCAAUAUUAAAAAAGGCCAGUUUUGUGCUCCUUCUGUCAUGAGGAAUUCUGUUGAGAAGGUUAGAUUGGCUGGAAAUUCAAAUGUGAUGGUCUGUGAGCGAGGAACUAUGUUUGGCUAUAAUGACUUGAUUGUUGAUCCACGUAACUUGGAGUGGCUCAGGGAAGCUGAUUGUCCAGUCGUAGCUGAUGUGACACAUUCAUUACAACAGCCUGCUGGGAAGAAGUUGGAUGGUGGAGGUGUUGCAAGUGGAGGUCUUCGUGAACUUAUACCAUGCAUUGCAAGGACAUCAGUUGCUGUUGGGGUGGAUGGCAUUUUCAUGGAGGUGCAUGAUGAUCCUCUGAAUGCCCCAGUGGAUGGUCCAACGCAGUGGCCUCUGCGUCAUUUGGAGGAAUUGCUAGAAGAGCUCAUGGCAAUAGCUAGGGUUAGCAAGGGGAAGAGGAGCAUGAACAUUGAUCUCACUCCAUUUCAUGGGUAGAAAAGCUUGAAGGUCUCUCUCAAGGAAUAGCAAGAUAUAAUCACACAAUUGUAGGCAUUUCUUUCCCUUAUUAAUUAGCUCAUUUUUUCCAUCCUGUGAUAUGAACUUGGGUGCUUCUCUAAAAUUAGAGAAGUCAAUCAAGUUAGGUUUCCCUUAUGUUAUUUUACAUUUGAAUUGCUGGAGUCAAGUUCUUAACUCCAAAGUUUUUGGUUAUUUCAAGAGAUGUUAUCUCUAUGAAUCAAUACAAAUUGGAAAAAAUUGCAACCAAAUCUUUUUAGGCUUAUCUAGUAACUUAAAAGCAAUUAUGCAUAACUCGGAAAGGAAGGGCGUUUUGAAGAAUAGUAGUGGUCUUUGCAAUGUCUUUCGCAACUGGUUUAUCUCUAGCCAUAUUGUUGACUUUGGAUGCUCGUGGUCCUCACUAUAUGUGGGUUCGUGGAUAUGGUGUAUAAUCUUUAUUUUUGAAGAGGCUAUGGUGUAUAAUCUUCAUAGAAUCAGUUUUGAUCAUUGCCCGGUCCUGAUUCGAUCCCUUCUUUAAGCUCAAAACUCAUAUAGCUUAUCAUAGAUUGGAGGGAGUGGCAUAUCGAGGAGGCUUGAUCAGAGAUGGUAAUGGCCGGUGAGUUAAUGGAUUUGUGAUAAACAUUGGUUGUUGAUCAUCACAAUGGCAGAAAUUUGGGGUGUGUAUCAAGGAUUAUGUUUAGCUGGACAAUGAGGCAUUCAACAUUUGUUGGUAGAAGUUGAGGGCCUAUCGGCAGUUCAGAUGAUUAUAGGUAAGGAGGUGGCAUUUAAUGUGAAUAAAGCUUUGGUUUUGAAGAUUUAGCAAAUUCUGCUCCAGGAUUGAACAUUUCCGGGUUCAGAUUCUUUCUGCAUGUAGCUGCUUUAUCUUAACUUGUGCUCCUCUUCGAAUGUGAUCAGCUUUUUUUUUUUUUGCUAAUUGCUAAGUUUAUAAUUCGACUUCGAUUUUAUGUUAUGUAAUUCUUGCGACUUGUUUGUUGGAAGGUCGUUGAACAUGAGCUAUAGCAAUGAGAGAUAAUCUAUCCAUCCUCCAUGCUUCUGCGUUCUCCGUAUUUAUCUUUGAACUAAUGAAAUUUCUAAUAGAAAUUAGUCUA